CUCUUACUCUUACUCUUACGCUGUUAGUAGUGGACUAGUGGCGAAUUGGCGAUAAUGUCGGCGAUCGUUGGCUUCCUAGAUUUUCUAUAAUCUCAUUUCAAGGUUAGAGGGAAUCGAUUUCGGUAUUUGCGUCGCACAUGACAUGGAUGAAGCUAGAAGGAAACGUGUUCGUGCCCAACGAUCGAGAGGUAGAGGAACAAGUAAGGUUGAUUGGAUAAGCGAUUUGCCAGAUUCAUUGCUAUGUCAGGUACUCCUGAAUCUUACCACUAAGGAUGUCGUUAGGACUAGUGUUUUAUCUAAAAGAUGGGGUCAUCUCUGGAAAUGUGUACCUGGCUUGGACUUGGGUGGUGAGGAUAUCAAACAGUACUACAAAUACGUGAUUUUUGUGGAUAGGUUUCUGGAUUUUAAUAGUGAGUAUCACAUAGAAAGUUUUAAGCUAAGCUACCCUGGUGAUGGCAACUGUGAGACUCAAGUUGAUCUUGUAAGGCGGUGGAUAAGGACUGUCGUUAGGCUGGGAAUUAAACAUCUCAAAUUUUUGGACUAUUCUUGGGGGUGUGGUACGUUUCAUUUACCUCGGAGUAUUUACACUUGUAAGAGCUUGGUAUCAUUGAAGCUCUCUUGCGUAUCCAUGCCCUGUCUCAAGCUUGUUUCUUUACCUUAUCUUAGGAUCAUCGAGCUAAUUAGUGUUAAGUUUGCCGACAAUUUGGAUUUAGAAACACUGAUCACUAGCUGCGCUGCUCUCGAAAUCUUACUUAUAAAGACAAAUCACUCUGAUGGUGGCAUACAAGUUUCAAGAGUGCGUUCUCAAUCUCUAUUGAGCUUCACUCAUGUUGAAGAAAAUGGUUCGGCUAAAGAAGAUCUAGUAAUUGAUGCUCCCAACCUUGAGUAUCUGAAGCUCAAGGCUCAUCAAACUGCAAGUGUCAUAAUAAAACAUCAUGGUUCCCUUGUUUCCGUCGAUGUCAAUUUUGUGUUUAACUCGCCUUUCCACAGGAGGUUUGAUCCGAGUGGUCUACCAAAGAGAGAUAUGAUUCAAAAUCUUUUCGUCGCGAUCUCUCGCGUAAAAAGUAUGAUCAUCUCUUGUGGUACUCUUAAGGUCAUCUAUGAUUACGCAAGAUGUCAACCACUACCCUUAUUCCAUAACCUAUCUUUCUUGCGUGUGAAGUUCUAUGAAUACUUAUGGGAAUUGUUGCCGACCUUUCUUGAGAGCUGCCCAAAUCUAAAAUCCCUCAUCUUGGAAUCUACUGAAAAUUUGAAGACAAAAGGGUUAAGUAAUUUUUCCGGAUCGCAAGGUUUCCUGCCAUCUCUUGAGCAUAUUGAGAUAAAGAUUCCACUGAAAGGGUUUGUGAUGGAGAUGAAAUUCGUGAAUUACUUUCUUGAGAAAUCAACAAUCCUUAAGAAGCUAACCCUAUGCUUGGAUGAUUCCAGAAAGACAGAAAAAUCUGUUGUUGUCAAGAAACUUCUUACUAUUCCAAGGCUCUCUCCCUCAUGCGAAGUUGUGAUUCUCUGAUCCUUAUUGUCUCGAUGACGAGGAACGCUCGAGUUGUUUUUUGUUUUUUUUUUAUUAAUGUGAACUCUAUGUUUCUUCUUUAUUUCUCGUUAUCAUGAUUAUUGUAGCUUGUAAGAUAAUCAUAUGUUUGCUACUUUGACAAGAACAAAUGUUAUUGCUUCCCUCCU